AUGAUGAGAAUGAAGAGCGCUGGGUCGGGCCUUUACCGGUGGAAGCAACACUGGCCAAGAAGAGGAAAGCAGCCCAAGACUGGUGUAAGCUCCAAAUAUCUAAUUCUAGAGUUUGAAAGAGUCUACCUUGAAAAUCUCCCCAGUGCAUCCAUGUAUGAGCGCAGUUACAUGCACCGAGAUGUUAUCACACAUGUGGUGUGCACCAAAACAGAUUUUAUUAUCACUGCCAGUCAUGAUGGGCAUGUCAAAUUUUGGAAAAAAAUAGAAGAAGGAAUUGAGUUUGUUAAACAUUUUCGUAGUCACCUAGGCAUCAUCGAGAGCAUUGCAGUUAGCUCUGAGGGAGCAUUGUUCUGUUCUGUUGGUGAUGAUAAAGCAAUGAAGGUGUUUGAUGUGGUAAACUUUGACAUGAUCAAUAUGCUGAAGCUUGGCUAUUUUCCUGGACAAUGUGAGUGGAUAUACUGCCCAGGAGAUGCCAUCUCUUCAGUUGCUGCUUCUGAGAAGAGUACAGGAAAAAUUUUCAUUUAUGAUGGUCGAGGAGAUAACCAGCCACUUCAUAUUUUUGACAAACUCCAUGUAUCCCCUCUUACUCAGAUAAGACUAAACCCAGUUUACAAAGCAGUGGUGUCUUCUGACAAAUCUGGAAUGAUUGAGUACUGGACUGGACCACCGCAUGAAUAUAAAUUCCCUAAAACUGUGAACUGGGAGUAUAAAACGGACACAGAUUUAUAUGAAUUUGCCAAGUGUAAGGCGUAUCCAACCAGCAUAUGCUUUUCACCUGAUGGGAAGAAAAUAGCAACCAUUGGAUCAGACAGAAAAGUUAGAAUUUUCAGGUUUUUAACUGGAAAACUCAUGAGGGUCUUUGAUGAAUCGUUAAGUAUGUUUACUGAACUGCAGCAGAUGAGGCAACAGCUACCAGACAUGGAAUUUGGCCGACGAAUGGCUGUAGAACGUGAGCUGGAGAAAGUGGAUGCUGUAAGAUUAAUUAAUAUCGUUUUUGAUGAAACCGGACACUUCGUGCUCUAUGGAACAAUGCUGGGCAUUAAAGUAAUAAAUGUAGAAACAAAUCGGUGUGUGCGGAUUUUAGGCAAGCAAGAGAACAUUCGAGUGAUGCAACUGGCUUUGUUUCAGGGAAUAGCCAAAAAGCAUCGAGCUGCAGCUACCAUAGAGAUGAAAGCUUCGGAAAACCCUGUUCUCCAGAACAUUCAAGCUGACCCAACCAUAGUCUGUACGUCUUUCAAGAAGAAUCGGUUUUAUAUGUUUACCAAACGAGAACCAGAAGAUACGAAAAGUGCAGAUUCUGACAGAGAUGUUUUUAAUGAGAAACCUUCUAAAGAAGAAGUCAUGGCAGCUACUCAAGCUGAAGGGCCGAAACGAGUUUCCGACAGUGCCAUUGUUCACACAAGCAUGGGAGACAUUCACAUCAAACUUUUUCCUGUUGAGUGUCCCAAGACUGUAGAAAAUUUCUGUGUUCACAGCAGAAAUGGCUAUUACAAUGGGCAUACAUUCCACCGCAUAAUUAAGGGCUUCAUGAUUCAGACAGGAGAUCCAACAGGCACUGGUAUGGGGGGAGAAAGCAUAUGGGGAGGAGAAUUUGAGGAUGAAUUCCACUCAACAUUACGACAUGACAGACCUUACACACUCAGCAUGGCCAAUGCUGGAUCAAAUACAAACGGAUCCCAGUUCUUCAUAACGGUAGUGCCAACACCUUGGCUUGAUAAUAAGCACACUGUGUUUGGCCGAGUGACUAAAGGAAUGGAGGUGGUGCAGAGGAUUUCCAAUGUUAAAGUCAAUCCCAAAACCGAUAAGCCUUACGAGGAUGUCAGCAUCAUAAAUAUCACUGUCAAGUGAACUGUGUUUGUUACAAUCACAGAGUACUUAAAAUAACACGAGACUGGUUCACAUUUAAAAUUUGCUGAAUAUGUAAAUCAUGGUUAAAAGAUACAACACUGUAUUUUUGUAUUUUUACUUAAAGGUCAUUCUUUUAAAACUGCCUUUGAUUUUUCUUGGAAUAUUUCAGAUCCUGAGGGGUGACAAAUUGAAAUGUACUAAUUUAAGGCAAAAACAUUCUUUUAUCGGUAAAUUCUGAUAUUACUCAAAUUUGGUAUUAAAUAAUGGGUUGGCACACAUUUCUUCAUUUUAAAAACAUGCCCUUUUAGGUUUAGUGGUCCUUACAAAAAAAUAUCAAAAGGUAUAUAUUCCUUAAUAUCAUACAGUAUCCUUUCAGAUAGAAGGUCAAAUGACUAAGUCUGCUUUUUCUAUCAAGUUACCAUCAAGAGCAAUAGCUGAGUGUCUGACAGGCUAUCAUUAGUGAAGUUUAGCUGUGAACUGCGCAGUGGCUCAUGCCUACAGCCCAGCAUGUAAGACGUGGAGGCAGGUCAUCCUGGACGGCAUCGUACCAGCUAACAGUAAGGUGUAACAGUAAGUGAAUGGAAAGUCUUUACGGAGAGUCUCCACUUCCCUUUGCCAUAACUGACAUCCCAACUGCCUCUGGAGGAGGGCAUCUCAGCAGCGCUGCUUGAGGAGCCCUGUUCCUACCACUGAUGAAUAGCAUCAUUUCAUUUUAUAUGGAAGUGAAACCUGCAAGACUGAGAAGUCUAAAUGUGCCUUACAAGUGAAGGCACACUUCUCCUUUUAAAAACAUUUUUUUUCAAUAGACCAGAGAGUGUUUAUUUGACCAACUACGUGCCUUGAGCCUUGAGUAUAUUCCCAUAAAUACCACCUGUUAUGCUGUCAAUGUUGACAGGAAGGAGGUUCAAAAUGUAGCUGUGAUAUCCCCUGUUCAGAAUGAAACCUGUUAGGUGACUAAGCCACAUAACAUCAGAAAUGAAGCCCUAAAGAAGCCCCAUAUAUGCAUUCAGAUGCCAUCAAACACGGAGGUAGGUGUUGGCUGCUGUAAGCUUAAAAAUAAUUUGAGCUACUCCAUUAAUAAUUUUGCUACAUUUACCUUAUUUCGUAGCUACAUGUGUUAUACUUACCUGAUCUUGCCUUUAUCAAUUCCUAAAGCGAUCAUGUAAAAUUUUGGUAGUAACUGCUAUCGAGUGGUAAUGCCGCACUCCUCAAACGUUAAGUAUUUCACUUUUAGUGAAGCGUCAUAUGCAUCUAGUGCGUCAGUCAUCCCUGACACCAUUUUGUAAAAUGAGAACUUUUCUCAUGUGUAGGUAUUAAAUAUGUUUCAGUAUUUAGACAAAUUUUUCAAACUCACCCCACCGCCUUUCUUGGUGGGGAUGGCAAUGGAAAUCUAGGUUUUGUUAAGCAUGAUCUCUACAACUUAGCCUCAUCUCCAGGCCAUAAAACCACUGUCAUUACAAUGACAUGUAAUGAACCAUGUAAAUGGCUGUUUUAAAUGUUCUUUGUUCUCCAGUGAAACAGACUAAAUCUAAAUUAACCUUGUUUUUUAACCUUUGAAAAAUCUCAAGAAUUUCCACUUUUGUUUAUGGAAACAAUUUAGCUCUCCCUUCAGAACAGUUUUAUUUUUUAGCCUUUUAUGUAUAUGUUAACUACACAGAAAAUAACUUAUUUCUAAACCUUUGUAUUACCAAAUAAACCUUCUCUCAAACAUGA